AUGCCAGCCUUCAACCAGAGCAUUUUCAGCCCUCCUGUGUUCUUCCUUACUGGCAUUCCUGGCCUAGAAAUCUCUCAUGGCUGGGUCUCCAUUCCAUUUUGCUGUCUCUAUGCGGUUGCCCUCUCUGGAAAUGGCAUGAUCCUAUUUGCCAUCAUUACCGAGUCAAGCCUUCAUCAACCCAUGUACUAUUUCCUGUCCAUGCUGUCUUUCACCGAUCUCGGCUUGUGUCUUUCUACAUUGGUGACCAUGCUGGGUAUUUUCUGGUCCAAUGCUAGAGAAAUCAGUUUUGAUGCCUGCAUCAGCCAAAUGUUCUUUAUCCAUGGCUUCACGUUCAUGGAGUCGUCCGUGCUCCUGGCAAUGGCUUUUGACCGCUUCGUUGCCAUUUGUAAUCCACUGAGGUAUGCCACAGUCUUAACCAAUUCACGCAUUAUCAAAGCAGGCGUUGCCAUUGUUGUUAGAGGAACAGCGGCUCUGGUGCCUUUACUUCUGCUGCUUAAGCGUCUGUCUUUCUGCCGCAGCCAUGUGCUCCACCAUUCCUACUGCUUCCACCCUGAUGUGAUGAAGCUUUCAUGCACUGAAACCAAGAUCAACAGCGCCUUUGGCUUGGCCAUUGUCAUCUGUACUGCUGGCAUAGACUCUGUCUUGAUCCUCCUCUCCUAUGUUUUGAUCAUCCGCUCUGUGCUCAGCAUUGCCUCUCCAGAGGAGCAGAAAAAAGCCUUCGGUACCUGCAUCUCACAUAUAAGUGCCGUCGCCAUUUUCUAUAUUCCUAUGAUCAGCUUGUCACUGGUGCAUAGAUUUGGGAAGCAUGCACCUCCUUAUGUGCACACGCUCAUUGCCAAUGUCUAUCUGCUCAUCCCGCCUGUGAUGAACCCCAUCAUCUACAGUGUGAAGACGAAGCAGAUACGCAAGGCUGUGCUCAAAAUAUUCCACUCUUCCCUGACUCGUACUUAA